AGCGAGUGCUCAGUGCGGUGCCGGGCCGCCAUUUUAUUUCAUGGCGACCAACGAUAGUCUACGUCUGCUGUUCUUGAACGAAAGAUUUUAAAGCGCGCGGUGUUUUUGAUGUAGUUUUGAAUCGCGUAUGGUUAUAUCCGUUUGUUUACUACUUGUGUUUUACAGUAAUUCGUGAAAAUGAAUGAAGACUCGGAAUUAAAUGUGCUUGUAUCGAAUGUUUUAAGCGGGAAUCGUUACAGCCAUUGUAGGUUAUGCCUCAAGAGCAUAUCAGAAUAUUACGUUCGUUUUCAUGAUGCUGUAUCGUUGGAUCCUUCUACUGGGACCUUUCAAGCAUUGUCUGAGAUCCUAACCAAGUUAUUAGGUGCCGAAGUCUGUGAAGAAAUUAAUGGCAUAGAUUGUGUGUGCAUUGACUGCGUCGACAAAGCGUUAGAGUCACUCAAGUUUUUAAAAUUAUGUGAAAACUCCACAAAUGUGCUAAAUAAUGUUAUCAACAAUCUUUCUAAUACAUUGAGUAUUGAUACAGAUGAUUUAAGUUCCGAUCACAAUAUUUACAUUUCUGUUAGUGAAAAUGAAUCAAAGCUCUUUGUGGUGAAGAAUGAAGAUAGCAAGAAGCCUUCAACAGAUGUUAUUGCAUGCAUUAAAUGCACUGAAGAAUUUGACAACAUACUUGAUCUUAAAUUGCAUAGCAUAUCUUGCCAUGCUACCCAGAUUAACUGUGAGAAAUGCAACAAUAUAGUCAAUAAUGAGGCUGAACUAGCAGCCCAUAAUAAUAGUGAUCAGAUGUUUGAAUGUCCUGAUUGCAAUGAAUUUAGAUGUACAGAGGAAAGUCUAAAGCAACACCAAGAUCAAGCACAUGGUGUAUUUGUGUGCAAAGACUGCGGGAAGUCAUUCAAAUCUUUAGACAAGUUGCAAAUUCAUGAACAAAAACAUAUCACUAAAAGUGAAUGUCCCAAGUGUGGUAAAAGUUACAACACUAAAGGCUUCUUUUUGAGACAUGUCAGGCUUUGCCUAGAAGACUUGUUAGACCCACACCCAAUAAGAAGUAACAUUGAAAAGACAUGCUUUUGUGAUAAAUGUGGCAAAGGGUACAGUACGCCUGGAGGAUUGAGGGUCCAUAACAGAUUUGUGCAUGGCAAUGCCAAGCCCCAUGUUUGCAAAUAUUGUAACAAGCAGUUUACUGCUCCAAGUUACUUAAAAGUCCACAUGGUGAAGCAUACUGGAGAGAAGAAUUUCAAAUGUGAUUUGUGUAAUAGGAAAUUUGUCUCCAAAGAGGCAUUACUGUACCAUACAAGGAGGCACACAGGAGACAAGCCUUACAGCUGCACCCUGUGUGAUGAGAGAUUUGUGAAUGCUUCUGCAAGGGCUGAGCAUAUUAAAUUUAAACAUGUCGGCCCAACUUUAAUGUGUGAGAUAUGCUCUCGUAAAUUCUUUACUCCAAGCUUCUUGAAGCAGCAUAUAAAGAAACACCAUGAUCCAUCAAAUAAAUUGUAUGCAGGCAGGAGUUUGAUACCCCCCAAUGUACCUGCAGUUGAGAACAUGAGAGUCAGGUUUAUAGACUCAUCGUGAUAUUCAUACAAACCACUAUGUUGUGGUUUAACAAGACUUGGUUAAAAUCAUUCUAGCAUUAUGGAGUCAAUUGACUGAAUAACUUCCAAUGAAAUAAAGGCUAUUUUGUUUCUUG